CUGCAGGGUCACAAAUAGAACUGACACAAUUUUAGUGUAAAUAAAAGCAAUAGUGAUUUUCCGAUCAACCGAUGUCCCUUUAAGUCGUUAAUAUGCGAUGACGCGGAGGCCCCGCCCACCGACGCAGCUGCGUUCGUGCGUGCGCGCGGCAGCGGAGAAGUCCGUGCGAUGAGUGUGGAUCCGGAUCGCAGACGAGGUUCGGCUGUUCUGCCGCUUCUAGCGCGCUCCGUGGGCGUGGCUGUGUGAGUCUGACAGCGGCUGACGCGGGUUCAGAGAUCCGGUGAUGCGAUGCGGUUCGGUUCCGGUCUCCAUGACAACAGAAUCAGCGGAGUGAAAUAUAAAUGGCUUUGACAGCGUUUGUUAGCAUGGAGCCGUGUGCGAACGCAUCCCAUGUGAGCGGUGACGGGCCGUCGGAGAAGCAGGCGUGUGGCGCCGCCCUGCAGGUUCAUCUGUACAGCUGCAGAGACGAGGCAAGCGUGCUGACGUAUCCGCACGGAGAAUACGUGGCAGAAGAGCUCUGCAUCAGCGCCGCCAAAGAGUGCGGUGUCAGUCCCCCUUACUGCAGUCUGUUUGGACUCAUGAGAGCGCGAGACCGAGUGUGGCUUCCACCCAAUCACAUCCUCAAGCUCGAGGCCUCGGCCAAUGAGACGCUGCUGUUCAGGAUCAGGUUUUAUUUUCCAGGCUGGUACGGCAGCGGCUCGAGCUCGGCCCGCAGGUACGGCGUCUCCAAGAGUUCAGAGGCACCUGUGCUCGAUGACAUCACUGCGGCGUACCUGUUUGCUCAGUGGAGGUCAGAUUUUCUGAGCGGCGCGGUCAGCGUUCCCAUCAGCCUGGAAUUUCAGGAAGAGUGCUUGGGAUUGGCUGUUCUUGAUAUGAUGUGUUUGGCCAAAGAAAAAGCCAAGUCACCUGUUGACAUCUACAACCACAACAGUUAUAAGUCGUUCCUCCCGAAGAACAUGCGAGCACACAUCCAGAACCAGCACUUUGUGACCCGGAAGAGGAUCCGCUUCCGCUUCAGGAAGUUCAUCCAGCAGUUCGGAGCGUGUAAAGCCACGCCGCGAGACCUGAAGCUGAAGUACGUGGUCAGUCUGGAGACGCUGCAGGCGGCCUUCUACAGCGAGCAGUUCCUCGUCAGCGAAGCGUCCGCCGGAGACGUCUGCAUCCUCGUCAGCGGGAGCCGCGGCAUGCGAUGGUCCAAAGUAAAAGAGGCCAGAGACCGAGAGGAUCCGCAGGUUUACUGUGAUUUCUCUGACGUCAUCGACAUCAGUGUAAAGCAGGGGUCUAAAGACGGAUCUGUGGAGAACCGAAUCGUCUCCAUAAACAGACGGGACGGUCAGACGCUGGAGCUGGAGUUUCAUUCUCUGAGCGAGGCGCUGUCCUUCGUGUCUAAUGAACUGUUUUCUCGGGUCAGGACGGAGUUCGCCAUCAGCCGCUUGCGCCGAUGUGAAAACCACAGGGGCGUUUAUAUCCUGAGGUGCAGCCCGAAGGAUUACGACCGGUACUUCCUGUCCUUCGUCGUUGAGUUUGAGGGUCAGCUGGAGUUUAAGCACUGUCUGGUCGUUCGCUCUCACUCGGGAGAGUUUGUGCUCAACGGAGCCAAAUGCAGCUUCAGCAGUCUGUGUGAAUUACUGCAGCACUACCAGAAGGAGGCGCUGCGCUCCGACAGACACGUGUUCCAGUUCAGCCGCCGCUGUCCGCCGCGCAGCAAAGAUAAAUCCAAUCUGCUGGUGUGCAGGAGCAGCCAAACCUCUGACGCGUGUCUCUCGCCGUCUGAACUCAGACACGUCAACCAGAUGAUCUUCCACAAGAUCCAUAAAGAAGAUCUGGACGGUGAGUCUGAACACAUCAUGGUGCAGGAGUAUGUGCGCUUCGGCUCUCUGGACACGUACCUGAAACGAAACCGCAACACCAUCAACAUCACCUGGAAGCUGGAGGUGGCUAAGCAGCUAGCGUGGGUGCUACAUCACCUGGAGGAGAAGAACCUGAUCCACGGAAACGUCUGCGCCAGGAACGUUCUGGUGACCCGAGAAGAAGACCGUAAGACGGGAACGCCUCCGUUCAUCAAGCUCAGUGACCCAGGGAUCAGCAUCACCGUCCAGCCCAGAGAACUUCUGGUGGACCGGAUCCCGUGGGUUCCUCCAGAGUGCGUGAAGGACAGCAAGAGCCUGAGUUUGGCAGCAGAUAAGUGGAGCUUCGGCACCACGCUGUGGGAGAUCUACUGCAGCGGAGAACAUCCGCUCGCGGCGUACGACGGGUCUAAGAAGCUGCUGUUCUACGAAGACAAGCACCAGCUUCCAGCUCCGAAGUGGACUGAACUGGCCAGCGUGAUCAACAGCUGCAUGGAGUACGAGCCGCUGCAGCGGCCCUCGUUCAGAGCCGUCAUCCGAGACCUCAACAGCCUCUUCACGCCAGACUACGAGCUGCUGGUGGAGAGCGACACGGUUCCCAGCAGGCAUCGGGCGCUGGGUCUCGCCGGAGCGUUCGAGAGCCAGGAACCCACUCAGUUUGAGGCCAGACACCUGAUCUUCCUCCAGCUGCUGGGGAAGGGGAACUUCGGCAGCGUGGAGAAGUGCCGCUACGAUCCGCUGCAGGACAACACGGGCGAAGUUGUCGCGGUCAAGAAGCUGCAGCACAGCACGGCUGAACACCUGCGAGACUUCGAGCGGGAGAUCGAGAUCCUGCGCUCGCUGCAGCACGAGAACAUCGUCAGAUACAAGGGAGUGUGUUACAGCGCAGGUCGUAGGAACCUGCGGCUGGUCAUGGAGUUUUUGCCGUUUGGUAGUUUGAGAGAUUAUCUGUCAAAAAACAAGGAGCGCUUCGACCACACGAAGCUUCUGCUGUACACCUCUCAGAUCUGUAAGGGCAUGGAUUACCUGGCGUCCAAGCGCUACGUCCAUCGAGAUCUGGCCACCAGGAACAUUCUGGUGGAGAGUGAGUUCCGUGUGAAGAUCGGAGACUUCGGCCUGACUAAAGUUCUUCCUCAGGAUAAGGAGUAUUACACCGUCCGCGAGCCGGGCGAGAGCCCCAUCUUCUGGUACGCGCCGGAGUCUCUGACUGAGAGCAAGUUCAGCGUGGCGUCAGACGUCUGGAGUUUCGGAGUCGUUCUCUACGAACUCUUUACAUACAGUGACAAAAGCUGCAGUCCUCCAGCUGUGUUUAUGGAGCAGAUGGGGGAGGACAAGCAGGGCCAGAUGAUCGUUUAUCACCUGAUCGAUCUGCUGAAGCGCAGCUACCGCCUGCCGGCUCCUGACGGCUGUCCUGCCGAGGUUCACGCGCUGAUGAAGGAGUGCUGGGAGGCAGAGCCGGGCGAUCGGCCCACCUUCAAAGAUCUCGCUCAGAGAGUCGACGCCAUCCAGGACCGCAAGAGCGUCUGACGCCAACAUCAGAGUCUCGACGCGUUUGACCCAGAGCUGGACUGUGUCCGUCCUCCAGGAAUAAUGUAAAGUAGGGCUGGGACAAUAAAUCGAUGCAUCGUGAUUCGUGGAUCGAUUCUGAGAUUUUCGGAAUGCAUCGUGAUUCUCUCCGGAAUGGAUUGUGAGCUUAGUUUCUAACAGCAGAUGGCGCGCUAGGUUAGUUUUUAACCGCACACUCAAAUGCUCACGAAGAAGAGCGCUUGUGCUUUCGGCUGAGUCAUGUAACUGGUUAAAUGUACUUGCACCUCUGCUUUCAUGAUGCGUGAUUAAUGUAAACACAGCCCACUG